AUGGCGAACAAUCUUUCACCGCCGGGGUCGAGUUCGUACUCGUCCAAUACCUUAACGGUAGGCGAUGGAACUUGGGACUUUGAGAAGAACUCGUUCCUGCUUCCCAAUCUCCAGGGUCUCAACUUUGAUACUAUGCGAUACAAUGGCAUGGGCAAUCGCUUCUCGACCUUGACCCAAUACCACAGUCUCAUUCUCGGCCACGGAGUGAUAGCCGCCAUCACCUUCCUCUUCAUCAUCCCAAUUGCCGUCCUCAUUGCCCGCUUCUACUCCCGCAAGCCGGGAUACGCCAUCCGAUAUCAUGCAUACCUUCAGGUCAUCACUGUCGGUCUCAGCACCGUCGUCUUCGUUCUCGGUUUCAUCGCUGUCGGCCCUCCCCGAAACCUCACAAAUCCACACCAUGGCAUCGGUGUCGCCAUCUACGUCAUGAUUCUGGUUCAAGCUUUUGGUGGCAGUCUCAUUCGCAAAAUCACCGGCCAUUCCUUCCGUCUACACCUUCAUCGUUGGAUGGGCCGCGCUAUCGCCAUCCUUGGUAUUGCCCAAGUGCCUCUUGGCUUGACACUCUAUGGCUCGCCCAAGUACACAUUCAUCCUCUAUGCUGUUUGGAUGAGUUUCCUCCUUUUUCUGUACUUCAUUCUUGAUUACAGAGACAAGGAACGCCGCGAGUACUACGCAGGUGGUGCUCGCUCUGAAGUUACUGGAUACACGGAUGAGAAGUCGGAGAGCCACCACCACGGAAAGAAGAAGUGGCUCGGUCUCGCAGCCGCUGGUGGCGCAUUGGCUAUGCUUCGUGGCCGUAAGCGCAACAAAGACGAGGAAAGGGCCCUGGACCGUAGUCCCAGCCCGUAUCGUUCCCAUGCUCCCCAUGAUGGCGCAACUGAAGUUUCACAUGCACAUGGCAGACACGACAGCUAUCACGACGACAAGUAUACUGACGUAUCCUCGCGACGCGACACUGGUGGAGGCGGAUGGAUGGGUAAGCUGGCUGGGCUUGGCGCUGGUCUCUUGGCCGCCAAGUAUCUGAAGAACAAACAUGACCGUCGCGAUGACGAGUAUUCAGCCGUCUCAACAGAAACCCCCAGCCGUGUUCGCCCACCGAGGGGAGGCCCGGCUCCAACCGAAAGCGAUUAUACCGAUUACACCGACUUCACCCGGACGGACAAUCGACGAAAUUCCAAGCAGAACCCGGUUAUUGCUUCCGAAGUGGAGAGCGCUGCAGAUGACCGACGCCCUUACCGACCUGGCACACCACCACGAUCGCAUGCUGGCCGUCGCAAUUCGCGAUUCGAGAGCACGAUUGCCUCAGACUAUUCUUCGUAUGUUAGCCCUUCUAGGAGAGAAGAGCCCGAGAAGAAGAGGAACAGCGGGGCUGGGAAGGGUCUGCUCGCUGGACUUGGCCUUGGCUGGUUUGCCAAAAAGACGGUGGACAAACGCGCUGGACAGGAGGAGGAUCGGAUAAGAGACGACGAGGAGAGGCGACGUGAGGAAGAGGAGAGACGGCACGAAGAAGAAGAACGGAGAGCUGGACGUCGGAACUCCAAGUACACAGGUGAUGGAUAUCCCAGUCCGUCCAGACGCGACUCCCAACGUCGCCCAGCUGCCAUGCGCCCAGCGGCACCAACGGACAUCACGAGCACGACCGGAUCCUCGAUUUUCUCUGACGAAUUCACUUCCAUGGAGCCGAGAGGGCAUGCCCCUUACGACCCAGCGCCCAUGGCCGGCGGAGCUCGACCGCCACCCGCCCCCAUUCCGGUUGCAGGAGGUGCCCCGGGCGUUGGUGCGCCACCUACAAUCAUUCCCAUUACUCCUGGACCCUCCGGGAACCCACCUCCCGGAAAUGGCCCGAUCGCCAUGCCUGCCAUGCCUCCCGACCCACGCGGCGUUUUCUACCCACUGAGACCCCCAACCGAUACAAGCAGCAGCGACCUGACAGAUGUCAAUGCUGACAGACGACGACGAGAGGCUGAGGCGGCGGCGGCCGCAGCAGCAGCAGCAUCCGCCAGUCUUCUGGCCGCCCAACAACAGGAAGACGACCGGCGUCGCAGGCCAGGCGGUCCUUCUGACCAGCCCAGCGUCAAGGUCAAGGUACAGAGUGACAGAGAUAGGAACAUUACUCUGCGUAGGAUGACGGACGAGGAUGCGAGAAAGGACGGCGGCAACAACCGGCGCCGCCGAGGCGACUCGGUUAGCAGCAGCCACUCGGAAUCAGAGCCGAGCAGCGGCAGGCGGUAUCGCCGGUCAGACCGCCGCGAGAGCAGGAGUUCGAGUCAACGUGGCAGAGCCGAGCGGGCCGCCGAGGCGAGGGUAGACCCGACCGCCAACCCUCUUUAUCCAGCCCCUCUUAACACGGGCGGUAGCGGUACACCGAGGCAGCAAGCGUCCCACGGUGGAAGCAGCUUGCCGCCGAAUUUUGACGAUCCGCUGUCUCCGCCCGACCCGGCGUUUGCGAGACAGGGGACUAGGCCGAUUAGCGGGAAGGACUCGCCGCCGUUUGCGGGACCGUCCGGGGGCCAGAUGCCCAAUGCCGCGGGGACUAUCUCUAGCUUAGAUAGUCCCGCACAGUGGAGUGCGCUGAGCCCGAGCGGUGCGAGCCAGAAUCCUAGUGGUGUGAAGAGAGAGGUGUCGAGUGCGGCGGAGAGGAGACAGAGGAGGAGGUUUGAGAGGAGAGAGGGAAGUAGGCAGCGGGCUGCUGCGGAGUCGUCACUUGGUGGUUAG